GGCUCACGGUCUCAGAGGCCCAGAACUUCGGCGUGCGCCUGCUGACCGACAUCUAUAGUUCGAUACCACCGCCUCCUUGCACAGCCGCGCAAGCCCUGGCGGAGCUUGGCGGCAGUCGCCCUGGGUACUCCGACUCUGACCCUCGGCGCAGCUUCCAGCCUGACCUAGUCUCGUUGCCCACUAUGGGCGGUCUGGCCGACGGCGAGCAGGUGCUGUCCGGUCUGGCCCUACAACGCUGGAGGUCCAUUUCGACGAACUUGCGGACUAGAGUAGACUCCGACUCGACCGCGACCAACAGCACAAUUCAACCUUAUAGUGAUCCUGCUCUUGUCAAAGAUCAGAAGCGUUAUGCUGAUUUCAUCAUGCAGAUGGUACGGGCUAAUCUUGUAUCGCUCCGAGCUGAACGGGCGGCCACUGUUGGCAUCUUCUUUGUUGCGAAAAAGGAUGGCAGAUUACGAAUGAUUCUGGAUACUAGAGCGGUGAACGUGAUGUUCGAGGAGCCAGCCCACUCUCGUCUGCCGACUCCCUCAUCCUGGGCAUCCAUGGAGAUCGGAGUCACGGAUGAUUCGGUGUUGUCUCAGAUGGACGUUGACAACGCGUUCUACCGAUGUAAGGCUCCACCAGGGGUUUCGGAUUGGUUCGCUCUUCCCAGAGUUUCGGCCAGUCAACUUCGCCGCGUGGACGGCAGGUUGUGCGACCAGCUGGGCAUCACGUCCACAGGCUACGUCACACCGCACCUGGAGGUCAUGGCGAUGGGCUGGUCCUGGGCACUCUACUUCUGUCAGGCCAUGGUCACGGCCAGCGCUCUUCGAGCGGGAGUGCCACCUUCAGCCUUCUUACUGGACAAGAAGCAGGCACCUGACGUCACUGGCGACGGCUUCGGCACGGCCAUCUACGUGGACAAUGCUGGGGUCGUGGGCACUGAUGACGACGUCGUCAGGGGCAUGGCCCGAAAGCUAUAUGCGCAGUUAGCAGCUGAUGGCUUACAAUGCAAGGAGCUCGAGCACGGUCUUCCCGAGGCUCAGUUCACUGGAAUGACCUUGGACCGGGCCAGUGGGCGCAUUUCAGUCGGCCAUCGCCGGUGUUGGAAGGUGCGCCUCGCCAUCAAGGGCAUCCUGGACGAGGGCUUCUGCUCGGGCGAGCUCCUUCACCGCAUUGUGGGCCACUUCACUUGGUCGGCCAUCCUUCGUCGGUGUCUGCUCAGCAUCCCGCGCGCCAUUUACAGGUUCAUCGACGUCGCAGGUCACAAGCGGAUUCGCCUUUGGCCAGCCGUAUCGAAGGAGCUUCGAUGGAUGAUGGUACUAUUUCCGCUUGCCUACGCUGACACUAAGAGGCCAUGGGCUACAGUGGUUACGGCUUCAGACUCCGAGGGCGCCAACGCGACCGACAACGGGGGGUUCGGUGUUGUGAACCGGAACUUCCCGCUGGAGACUGUCCGAGGUUGGGGCCGCCAGAGCGAACGUUGGAGGUUCGCAGUCGACGAUGCAGUUCAGGCUCGACAGCGUGCCUGGGCCGAGCCCGACGGCCAGGUCAAGGCCGUGCCAGAUUCAGAUUGCCCCCCAGAUGAGCUUCCACCUGAGUUGUUCGACAUUCGUCGUGGGGACAUUGGCGACUUCAGUGAGUGGGGCCUCAAGGGUAAGGGCAGAGCCAGCAAUGCCAGUAUCAACAGACAUUGUCGCCAGCUCGCCGCCUUGUCCAUGAUCUCGGAUUCAGACUUUGUCACAAGGUGGGCCCCCUCAGAGUUUAACCCUGCCGACGCCGCAUCGAGGCUCAAGACUGGGCCGCCCGUCUGGGGCGGCGGCGGGCCGCGAGACGCUCGCCCUCCCUGGAUCGUCCGAGAUGCCGAGGCGCGCGUUGCGCUCCAGUCUGCUGUCGAGACGCUCGCCAGGUCCACGGACAGCCAGCACCUCAUCAACGAGUUCGACGAUGGGCACUGGAUGCUCGGCGGUGGCUCUCAGAGACUGCCCAUGCCCGCCAAGAGGCCUGUGACAGAGGCCAGGAAGGACCGCACGUCGCAGCUUCGCACUCAGAGGGCAAGGCGCAGACGGUGCGAGCACAUGGACGAGGCGGUGCAUGCGAGGCAGUUCGGCCAGUAUUUUUUGGAGGCCAACAAGGUGACUCAUCUAUCGGCGACGAGGUACGACAGGUUCUUCCAGGAGUUCAAGGACUGGGCCAGCACCAACGGAAUGAUGUUGAGUUCGAGCUCGGACAUCAGCAGGGCCAUGCUGGAGUAUCUGGAGGAGCUCUAUGCGGCGUUAUACAUCAACGAGCUGGAGUCCGCACCGUGCCUCAUCUUUCUCUUUCGGCUCUACUUGCGGCCGAGCAAGUGUCGGGGUCUUCGUGUGCAUCAGCUAGUGCCUCCACUGGCGGGUUCAAGGACUUCUCACGGGGCACCCUUACUUGCACCAGAGGAAGAGGCAGGGUUCACCAAGACGAAGGCGUUCGACGAGAGCAUCUUGCUGGACAGCGUGGAGUUGACAUACCUAUACCCACGGUUUGCUACUUGGAAGAAACGCAACCCGCUGGACAAAGGGUGGUCCUUCGACUAUCGCAAGUUCUCCAGCCUUUUCACGAGGGUCAGGGAGGUCGCAGACCUGGGGCAGGCGAAGCUCCACCCGUACAUGAGGAGGCACAUAGGCGCCAGCGACGAUGCUCUCAGACAGACUCGAUCGUUGGAGGCCAUCAAGCGCCGCGGCCGUCGGGCUACGGACACUUCGGUAAAACGGUACGUGAAGCACGCCAGGGUAUUGAAGUCUCUCGAGGGCUCACCCGUCAGAGCGCGCGACUACGGCAGUCUGAUCGACAAGCAGCUAUGCCAGUACAUGGGCCUUCCAGCCA